GAUACGUGGAACAUUGAAUAAGAAAAAACGGCGGAAAACAAAAGUGUAUAAUUAAAAAAAAUAACAACACUCUUAAAUUUUAAAGUAACGGAUUGAUGACAAGAAAUAUAUAAACAAAACCUGUUUACAUUUAACAUUACACCGUUAGUAAUAAAAAUAAAAAACAAAAAUGAGAGAAUUGUAAUCAACACCACAGGAGAGGAGUGUAUGAUUGCGGUUGCUAAAUUGAGAGUUUGUGUGGGUGUGUGACAAAGUGUGGUGUUAUUGUGUUUUAAAACACAACAGUACAGUAGUAAUAAUAACAAUAAAAUAUAAAAGAAAAUAAUACACAAUAAUAACAACAAAAGCAACUAUACUUGCAUAGAAAUGAAAUGUAAUUGAAAAACAACAAAUACUACAUACUAAAUGAUAAACAACAGGGAUUUGUGUGUAUGGUAUAGAUGAAUGCUUGUGUGUGCGCUUUGUUUAUAAACUUUAUGAAGUGUUAAAAAGUGAAUUGUGAUGAUGAUGAUGAUGACAAACUGAUGUGAGAGUAAAAGGGAUAUUAAACAGCAGGCAAAUAGAAUGAUAUACUACAUACAAGCAAAAAAAGCAGAGGUUUCAAUAACAAUAUUAAUAAUCUUUUAAAUAAAGCAGAAAACCAAAAUAUAAAUUGCAAUUUAUAGCAAAAUAAAUACAGACUUUGUGUGUUCAAAUAAUAAACUACUAUUUACACUUGUUUCCAUAGAAAUUUAAUUACAAAAAACAACAAUAAAAUAAAUAAACAUUGAACUGAAAAAAAAAACAAUUUUAAAUCCCUAAAAUAUUAAAAGAAAAAUGUUGACUAACCAACCAUUACAAAAACAUAAAAAUCAACAGUAAAUCCUAAAAUAUGACAGUUAAAAUGUAAGAAAAUAUAAAAAAGAGCAGCAGCAACAACAAAAAAUAUUUUUGCUUAAUAAUGAAAAAUAAAAAGAAAAUAUAAAACAACACAAAUGUCAAUAUAAAUCAAUACAAAUGCAACGACAAUAUAUCAAAGGCAGAAAAAAACAAUAAAACCCAACAGCAACAACAAUAAUAAUAGCGGCAUCAACAUAAUCUCUUACUCAAAAGGAAAAUAAACCAACAACAACGAACAAAAAACAACAACCGAACACUUAGUAAUAGAAACAAAACGAAAUAAAAAAAUUUAAAAGGAGAAGUAGUAAAAUAAAUAAUGCUGCCGCCGCCUAUAACUACACCAACAAUAAUGAAUGACGACGUUACCAAUAAUAAUACUAAAAGUCUGGCUACACAAAGGAAACAACAUCAUCAAUCUGCCUUAUUUUCUAAUACUUCUUUUGCCUCUUCUUCUUCUUCCUCCUCCUCCGCUACAGCUCAUAAAGCUGCUGACAUUUCCACCUCCACGAACUCCUUUCCCACGAUACCAUUUAAUACCACCAGCAUAAAGAAUUUUUUCAAUAAAACUUUAGCCCAUGUGGCUAAAACAAAUCUAAGUGAUUAUACAGCUCAAUAUACUUCAUCAUUUUCAAACUCUGCCCCAGAUUCCGCUUCCGCUGCCAUCUCCCAUGCUUUAGACUCUCAGGUAUAUGAUGGUCUUAUAGGUGGUAAAACGUCCGCAGGAGGAGGAAGUGUUAGCAGUGGUGGUGUUAUUGAGCAGGCAAACACAUUUGACGGCUAUGCUGCAGCAGCCGAUAUGGCUGUGUCGUCAUUAUCGAAUGGCAGCCAUCAUUUGGAAACAACCACCGCCUUUCCAACUGCCCAAACGGUGGCAACAUUUAUAGCCGGAAAUAAAAAUCGUGCCACUACAAUAAUUGUUUAUCCUACAGUCUCACCUGAAUCCAUUGUGAUACCCAUAGUAUCUUGCAUUUUCGGUUUCCCCAUAUUGGCUUUUAUUGUCAUCUGCUGUUUGCGACAUCGUGCUAAGCUGGCUAGAGAACGUGAUCGACGACGCAAUUAUGAUAUGCAGGACCAUGCUGUUAGCCUGGUCAGAUUUAGUCCAAUACAUAGGCUUAGUGAGUUUGAAUGUCAUUACCGAUCGUCGCGAGCUAUCAGUCUACGUCCUGAACGAAGCCUAAGCCAGGGUUUUACCUCUUUGGAACUAGAUACCGUGGUAGAGGAACGCUGCAGUGAUGUAGAGCAGACCCAAACAGAAAUUUUAAAUCCUGACUCACCCAUGGAAUCUUCAACCACAUCCUAUAAAAUGUCCUUUUCCAGCAGCUAGCAAAUGCCCGUGAAAAUAGCAAGUCCUA